AUGGAUGGGCGUGGCUUAGUGGUCACAGGUAGCCCAAGACAUGCCUGCUCUGGCCUACCGACAACCUCUUCUGCAGACAAUUAUCCGGCUGCAGAUAAUCUGCUGCGGGUACCUAACGAUAAGCACCCACUAAAACAACCUGCGGUUCCCGGAAUUGGUGCCAACGCAAAUAUGGCACUCGGACAACAAUCCGAUGUGUUUGGAAAAUGUUACUAUCCCAUGAAGCAAUGGUCGGACAGUAACAGUCGUUUGCCAGACCUUUACAAGAUCGGCGUACAUUGCUUCUAUAUCGCUCGCACUGCUGCCGAUUUCAACCAGGAGACGCAUUUCAUGAAAAAGAUUUGCCUUGCCAACUGUAAUGCAUUCGUACGGGUCAAGAGACGUGAAGAGCAAAGGGGCAUAGGAGGAGAAGAACGCCUAUGCUCCGUCAAGGCAUUCUUUACUGUCGAUGACAUCAUGUUAAGAAAAGUUCAACAGAGUCUCGUUCGCGUCAUUAUUACACCAUCAGAACGUGAACUGGUCAAUCUCAAGUACGGUGACUAUGUGUUAUUCUCGGAAAGUGUUGGGCGACGACCUGUGCUAAAAGCUAAGCUAGCCGUGGCAGGGUUGCUUAGUUUGGGGAGAAGUCUCUUUGCCACUCCAGCAUAUUCAUUGCCUCAGUACCCUGCACACUGGACUCUGCCGUCUCAGUCGUCGGACCGUAUGGCGACCGGUGAGAGACGAUCAAAUCUCAGACUGUAUACUUACAACGCGAAAACAGUUUCCACAGACGCUGACCUGCAUGCCCUUCUCGGAGCUGCAGAGCGUAUCAAAUUUCACGUGAUUGCUCUGCAGGAAAUGAAGUGCAGAAGGAGCAACGCGGUGUUGGUUUUGUUGUGCACCCAUCUGUCAUUCAUCUUGUCGAUUCUCACGAGAUACUGUCAACUCGUCUGGCUAUUCUUCGCCUCCACCCUCUGCGCCCAAAAACCCAUCAGUAUCAUCAACUGCUACCCACAAACAUCAGCAGCUGAUGAUUCCGAAUUGGACGCGUUUUACGAGGAGCUGGAGGAAGUAGUCCACAACGAGAAGUCCUUUUACAAAUUCGUUGUCGGAGACUUCAACGCAAAACUAGGAAAGGUCACAGAAGAGGAAUACAGGAUUGGAAAAUUUGGACUAGGGGACCGGAAUGAAAAUGGCAAUCGUCUCGCCGGGCGGUUGUCCGCCGCUCGCCUCUUUCAUGGGAACUCUCUUUUCAUGAAGAGAGAUCAUCGUCGGUGGACAUGUGGUUCUGAUCACCGUCUCCUUCGUGCGAAAAUACGACUUAGCCACACGGCGGAAAAGAACAUCUGCUAUCGGCAACGAAGAAGAAAAGAAGUCGUCUACGACGAUUGCGUACUCGAGGACUCCUUGUCCCAAGCCGCGUACGACAAACUUGGAUCGAAUUUCGAAGACCACUAUGGAGUGUUGGAAAGAAGGACUUUGACGCUUGAUCCAAAUGCGUUGCACAUUGAACGGGAUCUCCGCGAACACAAUAUUCUCCUAGCAGCCUUGCUGAGCGAAGAUGGGACUCGCACGUCUUCUCGUCGUGAGAUUAAAAUCAUUACGGAGAGGUUCUACUCGAACCUUUUCCGUUCAUCAACUCCUGUGUCAAGCCGGAUCAUCCCCACUGGCGAAGCUCCACCACGGAUUCUCCCUUCGGAAGUACGAGUCGCUAUCAAGAGCAUGAAACCUGGGACUGCUCCCGGUCCUAAUUUUAUAUCAGCAUACUUUCUUGGGAAAGAAAGGAUCCCAGACCAGUGGAAGGCCUCGCGAACCGUACUUAUCCAUAAGAAAGGUGACCGAUAG